AGCGAGCGGGGGAAAAAAAAUGCGCUUCGGGAUAUGAACUUUGACGAACAGAGAGUGGGAAGACUAAGAGCGAGUGGGGGGAACAAAAAUAAAAGAAAUCCAUCAGCUUGGACCACGAAAAAGACACCAAAGCGUUUAAAGACCCCCGAGCGCCGGCCACGAACCAAGGCUGACUCUGUUCUUCCCUUUCCUCUGCUCUUCCUUGAAACUCUCUCUGCGCUCCCUCCCUAGUCCCUACCUCACCUCCCGUCCCCAUACCUUAGCUCCUCUCGUCAUCCCAAAGUCCAAACCACCACCAUAAAACAUAGAUGGGGACUAUUCACCACCACCACCACCACCACCAACCCAGCAGUUUCCCCACCAAGAAACUCAUAACCGGAGCUCUCUAUGCCCUCCUUCCCUUGGCUCUCCUCCGUGUAUAUCUCUUCUCCAUCCCCUUAAACCAACCCAAACUCACCAACAAUACUCAAACCCAAGAAACCUCCUCCCCCUCCAUCCCUUCCUCUCAAGCGGAAGGAGUUGAACAGAGGCAUAGCCCGAGAAGUCCCCGGUGCGACUACUCCGAUGGCCGGUGGGUGCCGGACUCACGCGGGCCUCGAUACAACGGCACCAGCUGCAGCACCAUCAAAGAUGGCCAGAAUUGCAUGGCCCAUGGCCGGCCCGACGCCGGCUACCUCUACUGGCGGUGGCAGCCUAACCAGUGCCAGCUCCCCGGCUUCGAUCCCGUGUCAUUCCUCCAGCUGAUCCAAAACGAACACCUGGCUUUCGUCGGCGACUCCAUGGCCCGGAAUCAGGUAGAGUCCCUCCUCUGCCUCCUUUCCACCGCAACGCCGCCCGACCUUGUCCACCGAGACGGGCAGGAAAACAAAUUCCGGCGGUGGGUCUUCCAUGACUACAAUGCCACCAUCUCGGUCUUUUGGUGCCCGUUCCUCGUUAAGGGGAUCGAGAAGUCGGCGGCUUCGGGCCUAAAUCACAACAAGCUGUACCUAGACUCGCCGGACGAGCGGUGGGCGUCGGAGUUGGAUCGAAUGGACAUGGUGGUCUUCUCGGUUGGGCACUGGUUCCUCCACCCGGCUAUCUACUACGAGAAUGAGUUAGUCCUUGGCUGCCACCAUUGCCCUGAAUCCAAUCACACCGAGAUCGGUUUCUUCGAUGUCUUUCGAAGGGCAUUCAAGACUACACUCAAGGUGGCGAGCAGUCGAUAUUGGUCAUCGCCGGCUUCCUCCGAGAAGCUCGUGGUGGUGACGACCUUCUCGCCGGCACAAUUUGAAGGGGAGUGGGAUAAAUUUGGCGCUUGUCCAAAGAAAGAGCCUUACAAAGAAGGCGAGAAGGAGAUGGAAUACAUGGACGCCGAGAUGAGGAAGAUCGAGGUGGAGGAGGUGGCGGCGGCCGCGAAGGAGGCGGCGGAGAGCGGAGGGAGGUUAAGGAUUGAAGCACUGGACGUGACCAAACUGGCGUUGCUGAGGCCGGACGGCCACCCAGGGCCUUACAUGUAUCCAAAUCCGUUCGCUGAUGGAAUAAAAGAGAAGGUCCAGAACGACUGCGUGCAUUGGUGCUUGCCGGGGCCAAUCGAUACUUGGAAUGAGAUAUUGAUGGAGAUGAUAAGGAGAUGGAAAGAAAAGAGUAGCUGAAGAAGAGGAAGUCAUCCUUGUGGUUUUGUUUGUUGCCAGUGAUUUGAGAGAAGGAAGAUUGGAUUGAAUUAAUUCAUUUUUAUCUACGUUUUUUUUUUUUGUUGUUGUUCAAUCUUGAUUAAAGAUAUGAAGCAAGAGAGCUGGGGAAGCUUUUAUGAGCUGCAA